AUGGUAGGAUUUGGCAGUCAGUCAAACUAUUCUACUAAUUAUGGUACACAGUAUGAUGGUGUGGCUUCAACACACUAUCAUAACUUUGAUUGGAGUGGGAAAAACUGUGAGACGGGGGGACCGAAUACUGAUACUACGCAGUUGCAGAAUUUGGAUUGUAAUGUCCGACACCCUUCACAUCCAGGUCUAUGUGAAUUGGACAGUGAUAGCAACAAAGAUUUAGCUAAUGAUAUAAUAAAUGAGUCGGAUAGCGAUAGUCCAUUAGAUCAUGAAGGGACGGAUGGUGAUCAAUCGUCUGCUCAUGAUGAUGAUGAUUCUGAUGAAGACGUUGCGUCCCCCGGUGAUCUUAGUGUUAAUUAUCAUUCAAAUGUGAUCACAUAUUUGGAUAAUACAGAAAAAGAAGGAUCGGAAAAUUUUGCAUACAUGAGAGAUAACGGGUCUGUUCGGGCUGCAUUUUGGAAUUUCAGAAAUCCUAAAGUUAUCAAAUUAGGUUAG